AUGAAUAUCUUAAAUCAAAAAUAAGUACAGGAAGCAUCAGAAACAUUAUGCAAGAUUCAUAAUCAAGAAUUGAUUGGAGUCGAUUUAGAAUUAUCAGAUAAGGCACAAAUUUAAUUCUUUUGCGGUAAAUGCUUAGUUUAGAAAAUAAAUAAUAAUAAAGUGACCACUAUUGAGUAAUCAAAAGACAGAAUCUAAUAAUUUAAGGCAUAGUAAAAAGAUGUGAAAUCUAAAGAGAAUCAAGCAAGAAUAAACUAUUAUAAAAGUAUAUUAGACCAAAUUAUGGAUUUCAAAUAAUCAAUUGAUGAAUCUUUGGAGAAGAUGUAUAGAUAUAUAUAAUAAUAUAUAUUUCCAAUUUAAAAAGAAAAAUAAGAAUUAUUAGAAUAUGAAUAAUAAUUAAAUUACUUCAAAGAUAUAAAAUAAUUAUCUGAAUUAUAUUAGGAAUAAUAGAAAUCACCUAAAUUAAUAGAGGAUACUCAUUUUAUUAAUGAAAUUUAGAGAUAAUUUGAACUCUUAUUCAAUAGUUCUGAAUACUUUUAAACAAUAGAUACAUUUAAGAAUACAAAAGAAACAAUUAAAGAUAUUAUUGAAACUAAUGUAAUUGAAUUAAUUCCUUCUUUAAUUCCAAAAAAUGAAUCGGUAUAUUUAUUUAUUAUGAAUAGAAAACACCAAGCCUAAGUAGACUUUGUAGUAAUCAUAAAAAGGAAAUUAUUAUGAUUGAUAUGGACUCAUAGAAUAAGAAAAUUGAAGAUCGAUUUGUAUAUGUUGAUUGCAUAGCUGAAAAUCCAUAAAUCAAAUAUUAGACUAUUGAAAAUGUGAAUAAGUAAUGGAAGGAAUACAAUACUGAAACUGAAAGAGUAUUAAAAGAGUACAAAAAUGAAAGUAAAGAAAAAAAAUCUGAAUUAUUUAAUUAAUUAGCAUUAAUGAGGAAGAAUUACAAUAAGAAAUUGAAUGAAAUAACUGACAAACUUAUUGCAGAAUAGUUCUUAUGCUUUGAUAAGACUAAAUAAUCAAAUUAAAUAAAAAAAGUUUCAAUUUAAGCUUUAGGCGAUGAAUAAUUGUUGAAGGAUCUAAAGUAAUUAAUGGAAAAGGAAAAAACUCCAUAAAGUCAAAUAAUUACUUUAAAAAACAAAGACUCGAUUUUAAAAAAAGACAUUUAAUAUCAAUCAUUGCAAUAUAUAUGAUUAAUAAGAUAUUUAAUAAUCAUUAGAUAUACUGAAUGAUAUUCAAAGUAUAAAUUAAUUUAAUUUUUAUAGUUGAAAGCACUUUAAUUAUUCAAAUAACUGAUAUGAUAUAAGAAGUAUAAAAAUGUGCUUAAAAGGAUGAAAACUAUAAAAACCAAAUAAAUUUUAUCAAAGAAAUUUAAGAAUUGAUCGAUUAAGCUAAAAAAUAUCAGAAUCAAUUAAACAUAUUUGAUUAGACUAUUGAAGUUUAUUAAUAACAUGUUUAAAAGAUAGAAUACAUUCUAUAAAUAUAUAGCUUAAAUAAUAAGAUUAAGCAGUUAAAUCAGAAUCGGUAAAAUCCUAGUAUUCUAAAUUACAGAAUAUUUUGA